AGUGGCCUUGCACAUCUUUUUUGUUUGUAUCUGUUGCAAAACACCAUGGACGGCCAUCACGUUAGCCCCUACUUGCUUUUCAGGUUGGGCCGUCGUCGGCACUGGCAUGGCGGGGGUAUGUUCCACCAGCAUAUUCCGAUCCCAGGAGACAAGAUCCACUUGUAUCGCCAUCGCGAAAACGGCAGAGAAAUCCGAAGACCCGCAAGAUUUCUGAUGCCGAUAAGGGAAACGGACUGUUGGGAUCAUGUCGACACAUUGGAACAGGAAAACUAUUGUUGUGUAGAGUUUAGCAAUGGGGAAACCCUUCUUCAUAGGGCGUGUCAAGAGGCGCCUUCCCCGACAGUUUUGGAAUACAUUGUCGCCACUAACCCCGAAGCACUCAAGCGCCAGGACGAGAAUCAAUCCCUCCCAUUGCACGUUGCAUGCGGUAACACUGCAUCGAUGGAAAACAUCCGAAUCCUUCUGGAGUCUUAUCCUGAGGCGCUGAAGGUACCAGAUAAGGACGGGUGUCUUCCUUUGCAUGUUGCCUGUGGGAAGGGAACGACUGUGGAAGUCAUCCAGUUGCUUCUGGAAAAGUACCCGGAAGCAGCGAAAGUACCAGAUACGCAAGUAUAUCUCCCAUUGCACAGGGCCUUCCGAGACUACGAUAUGAUUCGGUACCUAAUCUGUCAGUAUCCUGGAGCUCUCCGCCACGCUCCGCUCCCGAUCCAGUUGGAGAUUGACAUCGCCCCCGAUGCGUCCCUCGAGAACAUGAUGAUGCUCGUGCGUCCGUAUCCCCUGGCACUCUUGGAGAACUGGGAGGCAAUGGAAGCGAAGCUUCAAGCAAAGGUCGGCUCUGAUAGAACUGUUGUUGACAGCAUUCAUGACUUUGCAUUGUUGGCCCAACGAGAAUGUGCCCUAAAGGAGGCGCUAGAAUGGCUGAACGACAGCUGCAAAUCCAUGGAAGAUCUGCUGCUCAACCAGGCUUCAACGCGGCGAAUUCUGCACGAGUGCACAGUACCUCUUGAGCCUUGGCUCCGCUCGCAGUAUGGGUCUGUCCACCAAGAAUUGCAGGUCUUGUCGACGCAGUUGGAUGAAAUGGUGGAGGAGGCCUGGGUACUUGACCUGGAGAGGAGCACUGAAGGAAUAGACCAGCCGUAGCAACGUCACACUACAUUUAAUUAAUAAAAAGCAAAACAGUAAACGAAGAUACCGGCAGCCAAUUGUUCGGUAGUGUGAUUAGCUAGCUGUUUGGAAGGGGUUAAAGGGAUGCGCCACCA